UUGCUAACCGAGUGACAGAGGAGCAUGAAUAUCUAUCCUCAAACAUGAUCGGAGGUGCGGCUGCAGCCACCAUAACUCGCGGGGGCACAGGGUUAAAAAUAGACACGUAAACACACUGCCAGCUGCCUUUUGCGCUUUAAUACCCUACUUCUAAGGCUUAUAAACCAAGGCACAUCAUUAUCUGAAGCUGAAGUAUCCAACGACUUGCUCUUCUAAAAGUGACCAGACCUAAAACGAAUUCCUAUUGAUGUGUAGUAUUCAACGUUUUUCACGACCGUCAGCGAUCAGUCUGCCUCUCCUUGCCAACACCCUUAGUUCUUGCUGGCUUGGCGUGCUAACACUACACCUUCGCCUUUUCUUUCGGGAGAAUUCGUGUUUAUGGACACAUUAAGACUUCUUUUAUAAAGGUGCUCUCACAUUUCGACAAUGCCAAGAAGACGUCUCACUUCUCUCAAGACGAUAACGGUGAUGGAGACGGCACGGCUGUCACUGAAUGCCAUCGAAAACAUAUUAUUGCAGGAGCGGGAUGAAGACAUAAAUUGGAGAGAAUGGGUCGGCCAUUGUAAAAGAAAACGUAGUUACUCCUGCGGAGAUGAGAAGAGGGGAAACUCACCCAAAAAGAAAAUGCGAUUUCAAAAAAUUGAGGAUGUAGGAAGCGGUAAUAAAAGAAAAUGGAACUCAGAACACGGAGUCGAAGAAGACGAAAUGAUACAUCAGAGAAAGCGGAUAAGAUUAGAAAACUAUAAUGAAAAAGGAGACUUAUGUCAAACUGGCAGAUGUUUGAAAGAUAAACGGAAGAAAAUUAGAGAUGAUACAUGUGUGACAUACUCGACCUCCGAUCUUUUAUUCAGUGUAAUCAAGAAAUACUUCCACAGCAUGCCAUCGACUCUGUGGAACGAAUAUGCAGAGAUACUGAUGGAUGAAGCCGUCAAGCGCUUCCGUUAUCGUGAGGAAGGGAAAAAAUAUUUUGAGAGAAUAAUGGACUACACUUUCUGUGGGAAACUGACGCGGUGUUCGACGUCUGCGAUCGAAGGCUGCUCAUCUGGCCUGGAGGAGACUCUCUACAGGAAGCUGCGUUGCUGCAGAAAGCUCGAGUCUCUGAACAUGACGAUUGUGCCGCGCGACGACGCCGGACUGAGCACAGCCAUGCUGAGUCUACAACAUCUGCAGCACCUGGUGACUCUCGCGCUCCUGCCUCCCGCGAGGUACUCCUUCCACUGGGCUGUUAAAGCCAUAGGGCGACACUGCCUGAAGCUUCGGGAACUGAAAAUUGUCUACAACGGCGACCUGUUCAGCGAAGGCGAAGGAAUCGCUGAUUUGCAACGCUGUCGCUGCAUCGCCUCCCUUUGGCUGUUUAACUUCGGGCGCCUGUGUGAGACCAAGGGCGUGGGUUGCCUCCUGCGGACUCUGACUCAUCUGAAGGUGCUAUUUCACAAAGAACUUCCCAAUGCGAUCCUUGAGAUGACCAGCGGCAGGCGGGAGGGCAUGUUGCAGGCCUGCGAGGAAUCUCCAGGGGACAUGCAGGUGCUGAUGAAGGAGCCCAGCCUGCCGCGGUGAAGCGUCUCGGGCUGGAAAGGAUAGACCUGUGUUGGUACGAACGAGGCACCGGCUACCAGCUCGUCUACAUACCGUCUUCC